CUUUUCUCGUCCCCAAUUCAUGUCACUUUUCAGCGCGGCUUGCCGUGCGAGGCCUUGUCCACUUCGCACUGCGACGUUCCGCUCUUUCUCACAUUCACCCCGGAGUCUCUUACGCGUCCCGCCGAGAACACAUUCAUCUCCCUUGGCGCACUCUCCGCUGUCGAUAAUAUUAGCGCAAUCGAGACAUUUAUCGUUGGGCUCCGUGUUCUCCAGGCAGAAGUCGUCGCCAUCGCCAUCACCUCAUGUCGUGGUUGAAAUAUCGAAGUUGGAGGCCGAGGCGGACGUCAACCGCCAUGAUGUCACGAAACAGAUGACUCUAUUUCAGGCAUUAGUAUCUACCAAAAUGAAACCCUCUUACGAGGUGGUCAUCAGCCGGUGGGAGAAGAUGUGUGAAUUCGACCCAACAUCACCUGUACUGCACUCUGGAGAAGCGUUCCGGCUAUAUCUGACUUGUCUCGUCAACACGGGGCAAGCUGCCUCGGUUUUCCCUGCCAUUCGACGACGAGAUGCACUUCUCUCCGCCAAUCCUGUCCCUGCGCCAGCGCCUACUUCCCCGGCGGAAUCAGCCAAAGAUAGCUCAGAUGCAACGGAAACUGCUUCAGACUCGAAAACGCCAUCGCCGCUCCUCUCUGAGAGUCAACUCAUUGGCCAAUCUGUUCUCGCUAGCGCCGGACAGCCUGGAGCGAGCGACACGUUUUCUCAUCGGUUAUCCGCGGUGCUGGAUUCGCGAGGAGCUAGCGUUGGUACAGAACCCAUCCCAGUCGUUAUCCAACAGAGUAAGCUGGCGCCCACAAAUGGCCAACCGCCUUCUGACAUCUUACAGACAAAUCCUGGGGUCAAUCACUGGUUCGGUAUAUUCUCGGCCUGGCAGUAGGCUCGUUCUUUUUCCUGGUUGUCUUGUCUGUCUUCUUCGAAAACACUGGGCUCAUGAAAGCCGGGCCCUCCAAGGCGCAGUUCGAACCUGCAGAAGGCAAAGGAGUCAAGUUUAGUGAUGUUCACGGUGUGGACGAGGCGAAGGAGGAGCUGCAAGAUGUGGUCGAGUUCCUCAAGGACCCCGCUUCGUUCGCAACAUUGGGUGGUAAAUUGACGAAGGGCGUGUUGUUGACUGGUCCUCCCGGUACCGGAAAAACAAUGUUAGCGCGAGCAGUCGCUGGGGAAGCCGGUGUUCCUUUCUUCUUUGCCUCCGGGUCUGAUUUCGAGGAAAUGUUUGUCGGCGUUGGCGCUAAACGUGUGAGGGAGCUUUUUGAAGCUGCUCGCAAGAAGGAGCGCGCCAUCAUCUUUAUCGAUGAGCUGGAUGCCGUUGGUGGGAAGCGGAGCAGCAAGGAUCAGCAGUACAUGAAACAGACCUUGAAUCAGCUUCUUGUGGAAAUGGAUGGAUUCCAACAGGCUGAGGGCAUCAUCGUCAUCGCUGCCACCAACUUCCCGCAGAGUCUCGAUCAAGCUCUAGUGCGACCAGGCCGUUUUGACAGAAUUAUUGCUGUCCCAUUACCGGACAUCCGUGGAAGAGCUCAGAUUCUCAAGCAUCACAUGAAAAAUGUGAUAACGGGCCAAGAUGUAGAUACCAAAGUUCUUGCCCGCGGAACCUCCGGAUUUUCUGGCGCGGAUCUUCAGAACAUGGUCAAUCAAGCUGCCAUCCAGGCUUCCAAGGAACGUGCUAAAGAAGUUUCGCUCAAACACUUUGAAUGGGCGAAGGACCGAAUUCUCAUGGGGGCGGAAGGCAAGAGUCGAUACAUCGAUCCCAAGAAUAAGUUGGCUACUGCCUAUCACGAGGGCGGACAUGCUCUCGUGGCACUGUAUACCGAGGGAGCGAUGCCAUUGCACAAGGUCACAUGUCUUCCUCGAGGCCAUGCGUUGGGCUAUACAGCAUUCCUUCCCGAAGAAGAUCGAACGUCGGUCAGCUUCCAGCAAUAUCUCGCGUCAAUCGAUGUCUCCAUGGGUGGACGAGUGGCCGAAGAAAUAAUAUAUGGCGAGCAGAACAUCACCAGUGGCGCCAGCUCUGACAUCAGAAAUGCCACGGACACCGCACGGUCCAUGGUCACUCAAUGGGGUUUCUCAAAAUUGGGGCCAGUGUACUAUGAUCCGCGAGAUGGUACUCUCAGCAGUAAAUUGAAGGACGAGAUCGAAGAAGAAGUGACCAACCUCAUCAAAGGCGGCCGAACCCGGGCGACUACGAUUCUGACUACGCGGCUAGACGAGCUUCAUCGGUUGGCCCACGCCCUUGUCGAACACGAGACUCUGGACUCGGACGAGGUGAAGCGAGUCAUCCGCGGCGAACCUAUCCGGAACAUAACCCAGGUCCUCGAGGAGGAGCUCUCUCGUCCAAAUGAGAGCGACUGAGUCGACUGGGUUUUUGGGGAGUGCUUUGGGGCAAUUGUACACUAGACCGACACUGCUUAAUCAAUCAUACUUAUCCUGGUCACAAA